CUCAUUAACAUGGUAAAUCUUAAAAGCCCCAGUUUGAAUUUCCUCUCCAGCUCCGCACUGUGGCCCUUUAAGGUGGAGGACCAGCCGUCAGUGGCGGUGGUGUGUCGCUGGGAGGCUGCCCGGCUCUGGGUGGUGCUGCUCCUCAGGGGCGUGUCGCCACACCUGAGCUCUGCAGCGGCUCCAGGAGCAGCUGACAUCUGUCAACAGGAGCCAUCCGCGCGCUGUGCCUCGCCUUUACCUCCCCCUCGACUCUUUAAACGACCGGAUAACCAGCGGGGAGGAGAAGGACAGUCCAGGCAGACUUCGCCCCCUGAACACCCUCCCGCCGGUCCUCCUCUGACCCUCGGUGCCAGACCCGGAGAGAUGGCGAAGAGUUCCCCCAGAAAGUCUCUGAAGAACUUGUUCUCCCGGAGCGAGGCCAACCUGAGCGCUCCUCCUCCGGCGGAGAAGGAUGCGGACAGUAACGCGGGAGAGAAGAAGAAGUUCAAGUUCCUGAAGUUCAAGACGAAGUCGAAGGGGAGCUCUGCCCCGGAGAAGCCGGCUAACGAGAGCCAGCAGGUGGCCAGUGCUGUCGAGCCCAGUAAAGCUGAGGAGAAUGGAGAAGCCUACGCCGGCAGCAUCAACAAGAAGUCUAUUCUCUACGCCACCGCACCCAGGUCAAAGAGCAAAGAACUCAGCUACUCAGAGUUGGACCUCCGCAAGCCCAAAAGGUUCGCCACCUUUUCUUUUGGCCUUAGAAAGAAGAAGAAGAAAGAUGAAGAGAAUAUGUCCAAGAGCACGUUUGGCCUUCAUGGCCCAGGCAUUGAAGAGCAAGAGGAGACUCUGGGCGUCAGUCAGAUGGAGUUGGACCAGACCAACAUGAAGAGGUUUAGUAUGUCUCAACCAGAGCUUGACACCAGCGAUAUAUUUGACAUCCCUUCUCCUCCUCCUGUGGCCACAAACCAGUCAGAAUCAUAUUUCACUUUUCUUAACCAAUCGGAGUCAUCUAUCGCUAUAAAAACCCAAACGGAAGCAAAUGGGCCGCGGACGAAUGCCUCCCAUCCUGUUGAUGUACAUCAGGAACCGAAGAGAGCACCGAUUGCUACCAUUCCUGAGCUUCAGCUGGAUGAUCCAAUCUCAUCAGAGAUGAAGCACGUUCCUGUUUGUGAUAACUCGUCCAAAAUAGAUCCCAGGUCAUCUGCCUCCACGACUCACACAACGACCACCUCUGCGGCUGAUGACGAGACUGUAGCUGUCGUUCCAGUCAGACAGCCUGGAGUUGAGCUCGAAACCUCAGAUCUCAAAGCAGCACCUGUUGACUCGGCACGCAGCGGAGAGAGUGACAAUGUCAUCUUCCAGCAGUCUGAUACAAAAACAGACACCUCUCUUACAGAAUCCACUGGAGUUUCAGUGUCAAAUUAUCAGCCUCCUAACGAUAAACCCUACACAGGAAGUGUCGACGCCCAAAUAGAUGCCGUUAUCACAGAGUCAAGCCCUGUUCCUCACACUGACAACUCGGCUCUCAACACAUCAGCCGUUGGCUCCAUAAAUAACAUCCUGUGUGACAAUGACAUCCUCCGGCAGUCUGACACUAAACCACACACAUCUCUCUCCACUGGAGUUACAAUUUCAAAACAUCAACCUGAUGCCCCCAACACAGCUGGCUGUACAACUCCCAAUGAUAGACCCUCUGUGAAAAGCGUUGACUCCAAACUUAACAAAACUAUGGCAGAGUCAAGCCCUUUUCCUCCCACUGAGAACUCAGCGCCCAAUGCAGUUUCUGCUUCUGCUUCUGAAGCCCUGAUUUCUCGCACUGAGAGAUCUCUUCCUGAAACCACCAACAGUGUCACCGCUGUUAGUGGUGAGAGGAGUUCUCGUCCUGUUGAUCAAGACAAAGUCUAUGGGGAGCUGUAUGAUUCACUUUUCCCCCAGAAUUUCACCUCAGAAGUCAUAUCGUCCCUCUUAAACCCUCCAGCUCAAGUCUAUUCUGAGAUUAGGCACCUUGAUGCCAAAUCAAAACCCGUCAUGAUUAAAACUCGUAAUGAAUGUCAAACGGAAACUAACGUGAUGUACUCUCACCUGUCAGCUUCACCUACAUUUGACUCAGCUGCUCACAGCAUGGAUGAUGCUGUUGCUGGUUAUACAAACAGUGAGGUAAUUUCUGCUGGUGAGAGCUCCAGGUCUACUUCUUACCAAACCUCCGCUGUUUCGGGCCUGGAUGGAGACCUAGAUAUCCACCACAGAUAUCCACCCUCCUCCUCUCUUCUUUCAGGCUCUGAACCAGCUGACAACAACACCAUCCCUUACUCAGAGCUGACCCAUGAUCCUUCAGAGGUUAAAUCAGCCAGUAUCAGAGACACUGUCAAGUCAGUCCCUGUGAUUCAAAGCUCUGCCCCUCCUGUUUCCGACUAUGUAACACCCCAGGGGACAGAUUCUCAGAUUACUGCCACCAUACGUAGAGUGAUCCUUGUCAAAGAGUCAGUCGCCGACAGAGCCAGCGCUGAUAGUGGCUCUCUUGUCCCUGUGCCUGAUAAAAUGAGUGCAGCGGAGGACCUUGAGAGAAAACUUGAAAUAGCAGUUCCUCCUGCACGGAUGGAGGGGCUUGACGGGCCUUUAAGUCCGACAUAUCUGAGUGUGGGAUCAGAUGAUGGCAGCGCCAUGGAGAUCUACUACAGCGCUGAAGAGGACAAUGCAGAUAGUGGAGAGGAAGAGAUGUACAAGGUGGAUAAAUUAGAAGACCUUCACCUGGCAGACAGGGUGAAAGAGGCCAUCAGACUGCCUGAGGAGUUUACGCAGCAGGGGGAGGUUACAGGAAUGAGCGAGAGAGACGGGGGAGAAAUGAGGGUGGUGAAAGUGCUGAGCGAGGGGGGCAAAAUAGACACGGAGGAAAAGAAGGACGUCGGUAGCUGGACUGAGAUACAGCAACAACUGAGAGGUCAGAUUUCCUCACAGGCUCAAGUACAAGAACCUGGAUUAUCUGAGUUUCUUGAAGGCAAUGAUGCAAAGAGUCAGGCAAAAGAGGAAGCUACCAAAGUGUUUCUACAGGUGAAAGAAGAGGGGCAAGAGGAGAGAAAGGAGGAGUUACUGGCCACACCGGUUCAGCAGGUGAAUAAACUGAUGGUAUGUGAGUUUGCUCCACCCUCCGGUGAGCCGCGAGGCCAGGGGGAGGGCUCGGAGGGAAACUGGACCAAGGAGCUGGAAACAAAAGACCACCGCGCUGGAGAGAAACUGUACCCGAGCCAGGAGAUACAAUACCUGGCUCACAAAGACAUUAGUCCUGCACAUACGCACACUGCAUCCGGCAACACAGGAGAGGUAGACACGAUCACACCCAAAGCUGGAGGUGAAGGGUGCAAAGCAAGCACAAUAACCAGCACCAGUGCCACAACAAGUCCAGCUCAAGAUUCCUGUGGUGGAGUCAAGGCUGUCACGGGUACUUUGACAUGCGGCGCUGAGCUGCGAUCAGAUGCCACAGGGACUGAACACAAUAAAGCUCCAGUAGAGAACCAGAGUAGUGAGUGGGUGGAUACAAUUACUCAGCACACAGACAGAACCUGGACGAUUCAAGAGCAGGUGGCAGUUGAGCUGUCAGUCCCGGAGAAAGGCGCAUGCCAUCCUGACACCGACGCUACAGAUUCGCUCUCAGAGAGAUACGAGCAUCCAGCGGAGCCCCAACUCGACCUGAAUCAGGGGUCCCCAACAGCUCCACAAGUCUUUGCUUCAGAAAAUCAGCCGCCUGAAGCCGACCAGGAAGUGGCUGACAAUAUGAAUUCAGGCUACAGCAGCCUGAGCACCAAACUGACCAUAAAGAACAUAUCUGCCUCGCAAGAGGAUGAAUCCAAACGUUUCCGUAAACUUUCCCUGAUCAGUGAGGGUGGUGCCACCGAGGCGGGCCAGGAUGCAGCGGAGUCGAGCACAACUAGCACCACUGUGACUGAAGUAAACGGAGCAGAUUUACGCUCAGAGUACAGAUGGAAGAACAGAUUCGAGUGGGUUUCUCAGAAUAAACCAUACAGACCAGAGGAUUCCUCUUAUGCUGAUUCUCUGAGCAACACAGAGUCUGACACCUACUCCCGUCCCUCCUCCCUGUCCUCCUCUGCUCUCCCCGAGGCUACAGCAUACAAAUAUGAUAGCCACGCCUACUCCUCGGAAACCUCCACCCCCCCAGAGGAACACAUUACCCCUGGCAACAGGCUGAAUGACAGGGCCAGUGUUUAUCUGAGCGGUGAGGGCGAGCCAGCAGGGGAGCGGAGAUAUGAGUGGAGGAGAAGCUUAGUGGAGCAGGAGGAGCCUGCUGCAGCUGCAGGUGAAAGAGAGCGACUGAGGGAGGCAGAGCCAGAGAGGAUAAAGUCACGCUGGGACUCACCACAGCUCCACGUUUCCGGCCUCUCCUCCACACAGCAGAGCAGUUACGACGCCACAGACAGCUUCAGGGGCCACGACGACUACGACUCAUCCCUUUUUACUGGAGUGUUCCAGGCCACGCGCGUGGAGCUGGUCUCCGAGCCUGCAGCUCCCCCCUCCACUCCCCCCGCCUCCCCCGACACAGACUCCCCCAGCCAGUUCGAAAUGGAUAGUCUGGUGGACACCCUGAAAAGCAUGGGACCUACCCUGAAGCCCAGGCACACGCUCAUGCGCGGGCCAGCUCCGACCCUCAUCUCCUCCCUGCCACCGAUUGUGGAGGAUGCUCCCAGUCCUGUCACCGCCGACGUCCCCGAUUCCGGCACCAGCGCCCUCAACGGAUUUCACAGUCAGCCCACUCUGCCAACCCUGCCUGCCGACCUGGGAUUAAAGAGGAGCACCGUCAGAGACACACGUUCACCGCUGGAGCUGAUGAAGCAGAGCCAGCAGAAUGUGUUCAAUCACCUGCAGGACCAGCAGCAGAUUGGAACAAGAAGUCUCACCUUGCCCCUCAGAGCAUCUGCCACCAACAGUAUUGUGAUGAGGAAAUCCUCUGACUCUACAACUGAUGACUUAUUGUCCCCAGUACAUAAUGGAAAUGGAAUACUUCAGUCCCCCAACACUGGCUCUCGCCUUGAUAACAGUGUCAUCUUUGGAGGCUACAGGUCGUCCUCUGUAGAUCAAAUGCAUGAAGGCAAACAGGCCCAUCGUCAACUCUUCCGCGCCGCCUCGCUACCUGAAAUAGGGCCGAAGGAGCCCGACGUGGGCUCUGGAACAGACCUAGCCUCAUCCCGCUUUGAGCGCUUCUCCUUCCUUUUGAACUCCUCGUCCUCCGCGUCAGGCUCCUUGUCCGGGGCCGACGAUUCUAACACUCGCAUGAGUCGGCCCCCACAGUUAGGCAUCACCUCUCCACCCUCAAGCAACAGUCCCACCCGCCUCCUCAGCCCCACCAGCUCCAUAGACCUCCACAGACCGUUCGCACCAACAGACUCCCCCCUGUCGAUGUUUGGCCAGACACAGGGGCUUGGGAUGGGGAUGGGUGUUGGCAAUGGAGGACUGGGCACUCCCAUCCUGCAGCGCAGCUUCAGCAGUGAUGGCAUCAUGGGGGUCCAGCAGACUCCAUUGUUCAUCAGUGAGCAAGGGGGGCCUCAGUUCCAGAGCCAAGAACCCGAGAGGAAUUUAACAAUGAAAUACAGAGCCUUCCCCGACGCUUACCUCACGAAAGAGAAGGAACAUGGCAAGCUCAAUCCUCGUCCUGGAAAGAUGUACAUCUUUGACCGCCCGGGGAUGUGCGGCCAGAGGACCGAGGUGCGCGGUGAUGUCAUCGACGCCACGUCCUGGGAGCUGGAAGAGACCAUCUCCAUCAGGGUCGUCAGAGGAGGAUGGGUGCUGUACGAGCAACCGAACUUCAAGGGGGAGAAGAUCGCCCUGGACGAGGGGGACAUCGAGCUCACCUGCCCCUUCAGCCCCCCAGAGGAGCAGCCGCAGAACGGCCAGAGGGAGGGCGAGGUGAAGGGCGCGGAGCAGAACGGAGAGACGGCCGAGGGGCAGACGGAGGCCAAGCCGGCCAGGAGGUUCAUCAUCGGAUCCAUCCGGAGGGCCGUCAGGGACUACAGCGUCCCAGAAAUCAGUCUGUUCCCAGAAGAGAACGCAGAGGGCAAGAAGGUCAUCUUCAGAGACACGUCUGAGGACGCCAGGAUCUUUGGCUUCCCCAUCAAGGCGACCUCGAUCAUCAUCAACGCUGGGCUGUGGCUCGUCUACGCACAUCCCUUCUUCCAGGGUGUGCCGCGUGUCCUGGAGGUUGGCGGGUACUCCAACCCCGCCGCCUGGGGGGUGGAAUCACCCUACGUGGGAUCAGUACAUCCGCUCAAAGUCGGUGAACCGAGAGUGGAAAACACAAGUGAGCCAAAGAUGGUCGUCUUUGAAAAGCCCUACUUCAGCGGGAAAUCAAGGACCAUAAACUGCAACACGAAAGACUUCAUGACCAGGAUGGACCUGACGCAGAAGGCCUUCAUGCACAACAUCGGCUCCCUGAAAGUCCUGGGAGGGAUCUGGGUGGGCUACGAGAAGGAAAACUUCCGAGGCCACCAGUACCUGCUGGAGGAGGGAGAGUACCACGACUGGAGGGUGUGGGGAGGCUGCGAUGCUGAGAUGCGAUCGGUUCGCGUGAUACGAGCGGACCUGACCGACCCGAUGAUGGUGAUGUUCGAGCUGCCGGAGGAGGAGGAGGAGCAGGGCACGCAGGAGGAGGAGAACACCUUCGAGGUGACGGAGGCCAUUCCUGACGUGGAGCUGUUCGGCUACAAAACCUCCACGCGCUCCAUCCACGUGCUCAACGGGGCAUGGAUAGCCUACUCCCACGUGGACUUCUCUGGGAGCCAGUACAUCUUAGAGAAAGGCUUCUACAAUAACUGCGCCGACUGGGGCUCUCAGGACAAUCGUAUCUGCUCGGUGCAGCCCAUCCUGCUGGCUCAAAGUGACGGCUCAAAGACCAGGAAUGAGGUGAUACUGUACUCCGAGCCGGACUUCCAGGGUGAGUGUCACUACAUCGACCGCAACCAGGACGCCGUGUCGGAGAAGCUGCUGACCAAGUCAUGCAGAGUGUCGGGGGGAAGCUGGGUGAUCUACGAGCAUAAACAGUACACCGGGAACCUGUACGUCCUCUCUGAAGGAGACUACCCCAAUUUAACCAGCAUGGGAUGCCCGCCCGGCUUCGCCAUCCGCUCCAUCAAGGCCGUGCCGAUGACGUUCACAGUUCCCUCCAUCUCUCUGUUCGGCCUCGAGUGCCUGGAGGGCAGAGAGAUCACCACGGACACAGAGAUCAUCAACAUGGUUGAGGAGGGCUUCAACAACCACAUCCUGUCCCUCAGAGUCAACAGAGGCUGCUGGGUGAUAUGUGAGCAUGGCAACUUCCGGGGGCGCCAGUUCCUCCUGGAACCAAUAGAAAUCACCAACUGGCUGAAGUUCAGCUCGCUACAGACCGUCGGCUCGAUGUUCCCGAUCAGACAGAAGCGCCGCUUUUUCCGCAUCAAGAACAAAGAGAGGGGUCACUUCAUGUCCGUCCAGGGCGGCGUGGAGGAGAUGAAAUCAGGACGGGUGGUGGUGAGCCCAGAGGCGGAGCCCAUGAGUGACAUCUGGUUCUAUCAGGACGGCUUCAUCAAGAACAAGCUGUCCCAAACGAUGAGCCUUCAAGUGAUGGGCAACGUGGAGCCGGGAGCCAAGGCUGUGCUGUGGUCAGAGACCCGGCAGCCUCUCCAGACCUGGACGACCCAGAUGAGAGGCCUCAUCACCAGCCUGACCUUCCCUGGCAUGGUCCUGGAUGUCAAAGGUGGCAAAACGUAUGACAAGGACCACGUGGUGAUUUUGCCAGAGAACGACGAGCGGCCGAGCCAGCAGUGGGAGAUAGAGCUGCUGUGAGCCGCUCUGAAAACCUCUGUCUUCACUCAGCGGUGCUUCUCCCACCGACUCUAGAAUACUUUCCUCAGCGUACCACCACUGCCUUAUGAUGUCAUUUACUCCAGUGCCUCUGACCCCGUGACUUAUGUUAAAGUCGUCGAGAAUGAAGCAUUAGCAGCCACAAGAGAAGCUGCACCAGACAGUUGAGCACUUUUGUCACAGUCAGACGAUGAUUUUUACUGUGCGCAACGGCGACCAAAGCAAAACCUGUGAGUGCCUCGCCCUGCUGCAGCGACCGGGCUCGACACGGGAGCGUUGGAAAGCAACAAUGAAAUGUAUUGUUUGUCGCAGAACCACUCAUUUGUUUACGGUUCGACCUCUUUGACUUUGACUUUUUUCUCCGACAUUCUCAUCCAUCAUUAGUUUGAAUAUUCAAACCAGAACCUCUUUGUUUGUGCGACGCAAAUUCCCAGACUGUACGAGCACCUGUCAGUCGGUGCCCUCAUGUCUUUUUGUAGUUUUUAGUCGAUCACCACGUGGCCACCGGCGCUUUUUAUACAGACAAGUGGACAAAUGAAGCCAAACACAUGCGAAGUGUGCAAAGUAUGUUCACUGCGCUCUCAUUUUUUAAGGUAUUUUUAUAUAUAAAGUGUGUCUCAGUGUUUGUUUCUGUGGGGAAAUGUUGCAUCCGCGCACACGGCACGUCUCAUUGCCAUGAGAUGGGCCGCGUGCGUGUCCAGUUACUCUCAUCCUUGUUGUAUGUAUUUUUUUUUUUUUUUUGUUGCAAGUCACAUUGUUACAGAGAAAUAUAUUUACCUGCGUCGGCUGUAUGUUAAUAUUUGAUGAUAAAGAAUAUGAUGUGAAAAUGUUCAUGUAAGGGGGAGUGGUUCAAAGAUAUAAAAUAAAAUAAAAAUGAUGAAAUAAAAA